AUGGCACCAGAUCGCGUCGCUAAUGCCCUCGACAAUCUGAUAAUCCAGAUUGUCCCCCCCAGAGGCCCAAACGAAGGCCAGGACUCAUGGCUGGCCCGGUAUAACCUGAGCCAUGAGCUCGUCAGGACCAUAAUAAACACUCCACCUGAUCCCGAUAUCUUGUCCGACGUCGACCGGGCCGCCGACUCAAUCAAGCGAAAGCUCAUCCAGAGCAACCCUUCCCACGCGCUCAGAUUCUCAGAUCUCUAUUCUCGACUGCUUGCACUUCCGGUGCUCAAGUCAAAAUGGGCCAUCCUAUAUCUCCUAUAUGCUCUAGCCGACUCUCCAGACCCCAGAGCUCCCCCUCCACCCCUCAGCAUCAUCCAGCCCUCAUCUUCGAACUAUCGUGAAGCUGUUGCGCGAGAUGCAGUCAAGAAGCGUGCUAGAGCCCGCUCAAAGUCUAUUCCUAUGCCAAGAAUAGAGGACGAGUCGAUGAGAGAUUCUCCAGCUCCCGAAGAACUACCACAUAAGAUACCCAAAGAACCGAAACGCAUCGCGGAGGAGAAACAGCCUCAGCCCGAGCCGCCCUCAGAGACGGCCAUCCUACGAGACCUUCCGUUUACACUCCAGGGCGUAUCAUCCACAACCCUCCCGUUUGCAAAAGACGAUAUCCUAAGACUUCCUGCUACACUUCCUCUGCCGCUCAUAUCCAUUUUGCAUACUCUGGCCGAGCCCUCAUUGCUUUAUCGACGCCUGGAUAAUUUCUGCCAAACUCCUGCCAACGGUCUUUUAGCCCAGAGUCUACGAUCUGCAAUUAGUAAUGAGCUGCGAUCAUACCUAACAUUGGUUGCAACUCUUGAAGGUCAGAUUCGGAAGGCACUGUCAUCCCUAGACGAAGCUGCACCGAGAGGGGGCAUUGGAAAGACAGGUGUCACAUUAAAAAGAUGCGUGGUGUGGACGCGAGAGGCUACAAUGGGGCUGAGACUCAUGUCCCUCAUCGCUGAAGAGUCGGAUAAGAAAAAGGGCGGUCAGCUCAUUACUCUGAUACAUAGCUUUGCUUCUUCCAACGGAGACCCCGUGGUUGCCGCGUUCGCGGAGCGGCUGUUGGGCAGCUUCACUCGGCCUUGGUACGGCAUCCUUCGCCACUGGAUUUAUGAUGGAGAGCUGUCAGACCCUUCCCUCGAAUUCUUUGUCAGGGAGCAAACCGACACACAAGAGUCCAUGCGGGUUAAGGGCAAUGUGUGGGAGGACCAAUACGAGAUAGCCCAGGACAUGAUUCCGAGCAUUAUUUCGCAAGACUUUGCUCAGAAGAUAUUCUUAAUUGGUAAAUCGUUGAACUUCAUCCGGCACAGCUGCGGAGACUCGUUGUGGGUUGAAGAAUACUCCAAGGCUGCUUCGAAGGAGCUAAGGUAUGGCGAUACGGCAACGGUGGAGGUAUGGAUCGAUGAGGCAUACAAGACAACAAUGAAGCGCUUAAUGGACCUGAUGGAGACCAAGUUCCGUCUCUUUGCCCAUCUCCAGGCCCUAAAGGAUUAUAUCCUGUUGGGAAAGGGCGAUUUUAUUGCCUUGCUCAUGGAAUCCCUUGCUGCGAAUUUAGACCGCCCUUCUGGCGCGCAAUAUCGGCACACUUUGACAGCCCAGCUAGAGCAUGCAAUCCGCGGCUCAAAUGCCCAGUACGACUCUCCCGAGGUGCUGCGGCGAUUAGAUGCCAGAAUGCUUCAGCUGUCGCACGGCGACAUUGGCUGGGAUUGCUUCACUUUGGAAUACAAGAUCGAUGCCCCCAUGGACGUGGUUGUUACUGAAUGGGGCAACCGCCAGUAUCUCAAGGUAUUCAAUUUCCUAUGGCGAAUCAAGCGAGUGGAGUUUGUGCUCCUCUCGACAUGGCGGGAGUGCAUGACAGGAUCCAGAAGAGUGCUACAAAGCCCUAACCAGGCGGUGGUGCAGACGUGGAAGUCAACGCGAGGCACGCUCGCCGAGAUGAUACACUUUGUGGGACAGCUGCAGUAUUACAUCCUCUUCGAAGUCAUUGAAUCUUCAUGGGCCGAGCUCCAGAAGCGCAUCCGCAAGGAAGACUGCACGCUGGACGAUGUCAUCGAGGCGCACAGGAGAUAUCUCGAGGACAUUACGAACAAGGGCCUGCUCGGGCCAAAACUUCGCCAUCAUCCCUCCGACAACAGGGAGCAGACGACAUACCUCGACCAGCUCAGCGAGAUCCUGCGGUCCAUGCUCAGCUACCGUGACACCAUCGUCGGGCUGUACGGGUGGACCAGCUCAGAGUACACUCGGCGACAGGAGGUCGAGCUACGCAACAUGACGCGCCGUGACGACGACGGCGGCCUCACGUCCUCGGACAACGUGCCGUCAGAGUUCCCCGCCCUGCAGGAACGGCUGCGGCACCUCGGCGACAAGUUCCGCAACAGGCUGCAGGUCCUGCUCGGCGACUUGGCGUACCAGCCGGACGUGGACAUGAGGUUCCUAGGUGUUGCCAUGAACUUCAACGACGUGUACGCGCCUCUUAGAAGGAGGGGCAAGGCGGCCUCGAUUGUCUCGGCGGCAACGUCGGCAACGGCCCCGUCUGCUUCUACGUCGACAUUGAAUGCGUCCAAGGUCUGA